CGGAUUGUCUGUUGCUGUGGAACAGUCUCAGCUCGUCGGUGCUGUCCCCACGUUCGCGCGCUGUGUGCUCGGCGUCCGGUGGAAAUCCUUCCCUUUUUAUUAUUAUUAUUAUUAUUAUUAUUAUUAUUAUUGCCUGCAAAAAUUGCGUUUACGACGCACGUUGCCCAGCCUGUGAGGCUUAUUAAGGGAGAUAAGAGGACACGUCCAACGACCAGACACCAGAUCAGCUAUCUGCUCUCCCGAUAAAGAAGGAACACGGUAAGUGCGCUAAUUCCAUCACCACCACCUCCACCAGAAAAGGCAGAAAUAUAUAUAUAUAUAUAUAUAUACACACACACAGAGGAUGUUGGCACUUGGCACGGAGGGAAGGAGGGGGUGACGUGUCGUGCAGUCUGCACGUCCGCAUACGGAUAUCUGUGUUCGGACCCUACAUAACGCGAGACCUCUUUAUCACGCACGCUUCCCGGUGAUCAUCAUUUCAUCUCCUCCUCCGCUUCUCUCGCUAUCGCUCCCUAUUCGCCGAUAUAGAGAUCUGGAUUUGUUAUUGGAGGAGGGAGGGAGGGAAGAAGGAAGGAAGGAAGGAAGGAAGGGAGGAAGAGAGAUACUUUUUACAGGAACAGGGCCGGAGUGUGAAGAGGAGGGGAUUGGAGGAUCCCAUUUGAGGGAUCAAGGAAGAGCGGGGGUGGGAAUUUUAUUUUAUUUUUAAUUUAAUUUAGUUAAAUUAAGAAAGGGGGUUUGAAAAGGGAAGGGAGUGGGGAUGGCGUUCAGCGGGACGACGCAGAAGUGCAAGGCGUGCGAGAAGACGGUGUACCUCAUGGAUCAGCUCAACGCCGACGGGGUCGUCUUUCACAGGUCCUGCUUCAAGUGCACCCACUGCAAGAACACCCUCCAGUUGAGUAAUUACUCUUCUCUUGAGGGAGUUUUGUAUUGCAAACCUCACUUUGAGCAGCUCUUCAAGGAGACGGGGAGCUACAAUAAGAACUUCCAAUCGCCCGCUAAGCCAGUCGAGAAGGUAACUCUGGAGCUGACUAGGUCUCCCAGCAAGGCUGCAAGCAUGUUUUCAGGAACACAAGAGAAAUGUGCCACUUGCGGCAAAACAGCAUACCCUCUUGAGACGGUGACAGUUGAGGGGCAAUCUUAUCACAAGUCGUGUUUCAAAUGCUCCCAUGGAGGCUGCCCCAUCUCUCCUUCUAAUUAUGCAGCUUUGGAAGGUAUCCUCUAUUGCAAGCACCAUUUCUCCCAGCUCUUCAAGGAGAAGGGAAGCUACAACCAUCUUCUUAAGUCCGCAUCCAUCAAGAGAGCAGCAGCUACUAAUCCUGUAGCUGAUUCCUGAUCUUUUUUUGUCCGAAGUGGAUGUUGCAGUGCGGUCUGCCAACUUAGUUACCAUACUUUUAUGUUUUGCUAUUUCUACACCUUGCUAUUUGCUCUGUUGUUGAGGAAUUGGUCUACAUCUUUCUGCUUGCUCUUCUGUUGAGGAAUUGGUUGGUUUCCUCCUCCGUUUUGCCUUGUUUCUAUUUGUGUGUGAUCUGUAUGAAGGUGCUGUACCGUGAAAGUUGAUAUUUGUAUCAAUGACUGUUAUCUUUGCAUGAAAGUUGAUAUUUCACCUACUGCA